AUGGCUGUCACUACUUUUGUUUCCGGUGCUUCUGGAUUUGUUGCUCAACAUAUUGUUAAACAUUUGAUUGAAAAGGGAUAUAAUGUCGUCGGGUCAGUGAGAUCUGAAUUAAAAGGAGAGAACUUGAAGAAGAACCUUGGUGCAAACUUUGCUUACGAAAUCGUUGAAGAUUUGGAAACUGUUGGUGCCUUCGACGAAGCUUUGAAGAAACACCCAGAAGUGACUGUGUUCCUCCAUACAGCUUCGCCUGCCAGUUUUGAAGUAGAGGACAAUGAAAGAGACAUAAUAUUACCUGCUAUCAAUGGUACCAUUAAUGUUUUGAAAGCAAUUAAAUCUUCAGCUCCGCAGGUAGAUAAGGUUGUCAUCACGUCUUCCAUUGUCACUCAAAUUGAUUUUGGUGAUUUUAGUGCAGCUGCUUCUGAAGAUACGUGGAAUACUAUCUCCCACGAGCUGGCUGUGCAAAGUGGAAGAGGUGCCUAUGCAUACUCGAAAACCUUCGCCGAAAAGGCUGCAAUUGAUUUUGUUGAGAAGGAGAAGCCACAUUUCACUGUGUCAACAGUGCACCCAGUGCUUGUUCUUGGACCCCAGGCAUUCGAUCUGGAAGCCAAAGGUGAACUUAAAUCUACAUGCAAAAUGCUUAGUGCAUUGCUAGAUUUGAAGACUGGAGAUGUCCCACCUGCUGCUUUUCCAUUUGUGGACGUUAGAGACGUUGCUGCUGCUCAUCUAAUUGAAAUCGAAAAGCCUUCCAACGGUUUAAGAGUAAUUCCCUACAGUGGACGUUUUACAAAUCAAAGUGCAUUGAACAUAAUUAACAAGCACUUUCCCGAAUUGAAUCUUAUAAAAGGAUCACCAACUGAAAAUUUGACUGGUGGCACUCCCGUUAACGCUGAUAAGUCUAGAGAAUACUUGGGGUUGACUUAUAUUAGUUUAGAGAAAACUGUGGUAGACACCAUCAAGCAAUACCUUGAAGUCAAUAAAUAA